GCGAAUCUCUUGGACUCAGCCUUCAAGGAGAUGCGGCAGAGCUUGAUCGACAGCCUCACCACGAGCCCAAGAUUCGACCAGGAUGUGGAGGCGGGGUUCAUCACUGUGGACGACCUGACAGAAAGGGAUGUCGACGCCCUUGGUGUGCUUGUCAACGCGGAUGGUCCGUCGAGAACCCCGCAGAGGCGGGUGACUACCGACGUCUGUAUGGACAGCCCUCUGGCAGGCAGAGAGGGAGACUUCGGCAUGGCCUCAGCUUCAGAAGCCAGUGACUUCGAGUCGGAGGACGGUGGUGAGGAAGGCUUUGUAGGAGGCCUGCAGCCAGCGCGCGAGCUCAUCACGGAUGCCUCGCGUUUGCUCCAGUCCCCGCAGGCCGUGAGCCUGGGAAGAGGGCCAGCCGUCGCGAGACGGCCGCAAGGACAUCCUCGAGGCCGGCGGCGGCUGGAGCCCCUGCUGCUGCCCUGGACCCCACAGGACCCAGUGCAUCUGCGCUUGGGUCAGACACUCCAGCCCGUCGGCCACUUGGGCGAGGAGAAACGUUUUCGAUCAUACCAGGUGAUGGCAUCCCUGAGCUUUGAGACGGAGAUGCAGCGGGCUGCACUUGUGAACCAGGUGCCAGCCCGUGCGUCCUCUUCAAGCAGACUCUCAGAGCCAACUCCGAGCCGGACCGGCACACCACUUCCUCCGGAGGAGCUGGAGCUCCAGCGUCGGUCGAUUGAAGAGGUCAUGCUUCCAAGGGCCCUCUCCCGGCCUUCUUCAGCAUCCUCGACGGUGCAGGCUGCAGGUCGUUUUGUGGGCCUGGAGGCUCGUUCUGCUAGCUCUCAAGGCUGUCUGCUUUCGAUGAGCAUGAAUGCAGACGACCCGCUGGUGGGUGAGGCUGAGGAGCCUGGCGCCUCGGAAGCCGCGCUCCCCUCCGAAGCCGAGGACCCGGAGAUCGGACCGGUUUCGGCGGGUCCUUUCUGUUCGGGAAGACCUCGGCCCCCGAGUGCGGCGAGCACCAAUCGGCCCGUUUGCAGCGUCGCCUUGCCUUCGGGGAUCCCCGACGGCUGGCGCUUGGUGGCACCGCCACCAGAGCGGGAGUCGCAGACGGAUCUCUCCAUGCAGGCUUCCAGCUUCGGUGGCUUCGGUGGCUUUGGUGGCUUUGGUGCUGGAGCAUCCGCCCAGGCACAAGCCGAGGAGUAUCUGGAUGUGCCGUUGGACGAGACGCUCCUCAGGCCGGCCGCGCCGCGCUGGGUGCGCACCGUGGUGGAGCGCAACCUCUCCGCCUGCGGCAGCGCGCUCUCGGACUCCACCGAGCUCCCCGAAGUGCCAGACUCUGCCGCGGAUCUCUCGGCCUUUGCGGUCGAGCAGUCGCCAGCAUUCCCAGAGAGUACUCCUUUGUCUUGGUCCUUGUGGGAUGGUCCGCCGACCAGCGAUCAGCUCUUCCCCACACGGCCACCGAUGCCAUCAGCACGCCCAUCCUCUCGAGGCGAAUCGAGCAGCGAACUGAAGGCACGGGGGCAUCGAUGUUGCACCCCAGAGGUCACAGAGACGCUGCACCUCCCAGCUGUUUCUGCACAGGCAAGUCCAGCCACCCUCGAGCGAGACGCCCCGUCGUCCGCUCGCGGUCGACGUGCAGGCCAGGU